AAUACUUGUUGUCCUUAUCUUCGGCCAUUGCCCUAAUCAGGCUAAUGUUCUCUUUUGCCCCACCCUCUAACACAACUAACACUGCUAUCAAGUUCAGACCAAGAUAAACAUGACAAAUAGAAUACACAAUUAGGUUCCAACAUGCUAUUGAGUACACCAAUGCCCGAGUGUAUAUUACAGUUGCUAUGGCAACGAAAACAAAGAUAAAGAAACUGGAUAUGCUUAAUGUUAAAAGGUCUGCGUAGAUGUACCAGGUACCCUUUUGAGAUUCAAAUGAGAUAGGCUUGAAGCCGUGCAUCGCCCUUUACGUAUGGUAAAGGGACGUCAAGUGUAUGUGUGCUGAAGUUAAGUUUACCCAAGGAGGGCAUCUAAGGUGCUGAAAAGUGCCUUAAAGCUGUGGUAGAGAGCGAAGAAUUCCCUGGAUUUCGUCAUAAGACAAGUACAGAUAAAAGGUGAACAUCUUCCAGCGGAAUGAGAUCUCAAGGCCAGGAAGGUCUUCUAUAUCCGGGGCCUCAACAGCCGACUGGAUUCGCAAAUCCUGCUUACCAACCCGACCCAUCUCUGCAAGCGUCGCACAGCGGUGGUGCGGGCUAUGGUGACCCUGCACAUGCGCCUGGUACUGGCGUGUAUGUCAUUCCAGUGGGCCAACCACCAGGGUACCCACCUCAACACCCAUCCCAAUACCCACCCCAGCACCCACCCCAAUACGCACACCAAUACCCACCUCAACACCCACCACAGCACCAACCCCAGCACCCACCCCAGCACCCACCUCGAUAUGGUGAAAACAGAGUGGGCCCCAGCACCGGUACCGCAUGGCAGGGGAGUGGAAAGUCUCGGAGCGGUUGCAGCAAGACCGCCAUCAUAGUCACCGUUGUCGUGGUCACCCUCGUGAUCGUCAUAGCUCUGGCUGUAUCCCUGGGCGUCCUGUUUGCCAACAAAGCAGCGGAGCCUCUUGUUGAGACGCACCUAUACCGAGGCUCCCUCCGUAUCACCAGCCGAACCUACACUCCCGAACUGGCAAACUCCGGCUCGGCUGCCUUCAGGGAACUCGCCACGGAGGUGGAGGAUGGGCUGGACGCAAAGUACCAGGCAAGUGACCUUGCCGAUACCUACAACAGCAGCACGGUUACGGCCUUUUCCCAGGGCAGCGUAAUGGUUGAGUACGUCAGUCGGUUCAUGUCCACCACGGCACCGAACGAGUUUAGUGUUGGGGACGUCGUCUACGGCGAGACCGACUUUGGGAACCUGUUGGUAGAUCCAGCAUAUACUAUCUUUUCACCGAUGGAGGCGUGUAGCUCUAACGAUCACCAGUGCGUCGCAGACGGCAGCUGUGUUCCUAAUGAUUUCGUUUGCGAUGGGAUGUCAGACUGCCCUCUCUGGCUUGGCGAGGCCGACGACGAAUUCAACUGCGGUUGCUUCGAUUGGCAGUACGAGUGUGACGAUGGAUCCUGCAUCUUCGCUGAGUGGCAGUGUGAUGGAAUGAACGACUGCAGCAGUGGCUCGGACGAGUUCGGCUGUGACUUGACGUGUUCACCGGAUCAGUACACCUGUACAGACGAGACCUGCAUCUAUGGAUAUUGGGAAUGUGACGGUUAUGACGACUGCGCGGAUGGCAUCGACGAGAGUAACUGCGCCAGCUUGAAUUGUGACCUGUACCAGUCGCCGUGUGCCGACCAAAGCCGGUGUAUCUACACAUCCUGGUUUUGUGACGGGGACAACGAUUGUAACGACGCAUCGGAUGAACAGAACUGUGGAGAUAUCCAGACGUGUGAAGAGCAGGGCCUGUGGGAGUGUACCGAUGGGGAAUGCAUCUCGCCAACAUGGCUGUGUGACGGGGAUAGCGACUGCACUAACGCAGAGGACGAGGCGGAUGGGAUAUGUGGAGCAGGUCGUACCUGCGACAGUGCCCAGUUCACGUGUUCAGACGGCAGCUGUAUCCCGACGACGUGGCUCUGUGACGCUUUUAACGACUGUAACGGGGGAGAGGACGAGAAUGGCUGUACAGAAGCCUGUUCAGCAUCGGAGCACCAGUGUACCAGCGGUUCGUGUAUCCCGUCUUACUGGGUCUGUGAUCAUGAGGAGGACUGUCCGGGUGGGGACGACGAGACAGCCGACUGUGUCGCUCCUACUGCUGAGCCAGGGACUGGCGGUUCCAAUCCUGACGUCCUUGUGGACAACUGUCCCGGUACAAACAAGUUCUGUUAUGACUCCGGAUCCGUCGGGACCUGUAUCGAAGCCAGUACAUGGUGCAACGGUGUGACUAACUGCAAUCACGGCGGAGCAGACGAGUUAUUCUGUGAUUGUGGAGAAAGACCAGUAGUGGAUGGAAGCAGUGGCAGGAAGAAACGCGGCGGGAAACCUCGCAUCGUGGGGGGUCAGAACGCCGCUCGGGGCGAGUUCCCUUCCCAGGUGUCUUUGCACCUAUCCGGUUACGGGCAUGUCUGCGGGGGGUCUCUGAUCAACCACAACUGGGUCAUCACCGCAGCACACUGUGUGGAAGACGACCCGAACGCACGGGAUUGGACGGUCUACCUUGGCCUACACAUCCAGGGAGAGACCACCUCGCGGGUGCAGGUGUUCAACGUGGAGAGGAUCAUCUAUCACGAUAGGUAUGACAGGUACAGGAUAGACUUUGACAUCGCGUUGAUGCAGCUAGCCGGGACGGUACAGUAUGAUCAGACAGGGUAUGUCCGGCCUAUCUGUCUGCCUGACGACGACAACGUGUUCGAUUCAAACUCCAACUGUUACAUCUCUGGUUGGGGCACGCUUUCUGAGGGUGGAUACUCCGCUGACACCCUCCAGGACGCACAGAUCCCAUUGGUGGACUGGUCUGUGUGUAACGACGCAGACCACUACGAUGGGAGGAUCACGACUAGGAUGCUUUGCGCGGGGUAUGACGCAGGAGGGGUGGACGCCUGUCAGGGUGACUCUGGAGGACCACUCAUCUGUGAGGACACGGACAACAGGUGGUACCUUGUGGGAGUGACAAGUUGGGGUGAUGGGUGCGCCAGAGCGUACAGGCCGGGGAUAUAUGCUGACGUCAAACACUUCAGAGACUGGAUCUUUAGCGUUAUCAUGCAUUAUGAAAAUAACGGCUGAGAACGUCCAUUCUCAGGCCACAUGUUAAUUUUUACCUGCAUGUAUGCAGGUAUGGUUUUGAUGCUGGUGGAAACUUUUCGGUAGCCGGGGAUG